CUCUCUCUCUCUCUAGUCUUGCUCUUCCAGGAAGGGAUUAUUAACUAGCGUGCUGCCGACAUGUGAAGGAAAAACACACAGACAAAAGAAGUUUUCAUGUCGAGAGUCGUGCUAUGGACCCAGCCAGCAGAUAAAAAAGGAAAUGCGGGCUACAUGAAAAACAACAACAACUUCUCCCACAAUAAUAAGCCGAACAGUCGGGCUGCCACUUCUGCUGCCGCUGUGCGAAUCUCUGUGAGAAAGAAAAGGAGCUAAAGAAGACAGCUAAACGGAAAAGUGGAAGGAGCGAAGUUGACGGGAGAUAAUGUCUGAAUCUUCCUCCGCUGCGGCCAAGCAGGAGAGGAGCUCUUUCAGUCCUUCUACAAACCCGCUGCCAAACUCUACUUCCUCUCCCGUCCAUGCUCCCAAUGUGAGGCCAGCCACCCGAAUGGAGGAUGAGCCUGCUAGGCUGCCUGCGCACCUGCGUCUGCAGCCAGUCUUUUGGAGCAGGGAGGAUGUGGCCCAGUGGCUGCGAUGGUCUGAGAAGGAGUUCGCACUGCGGCCGAUCACCAGCGGCUCUUUCCAGAUGAAUGGCAAAGCUCUGCUGCUGCUCACCAAGGAGGAUUUCCGCUACCGGUCCCCCCACUCUGGGGAUGUCCUGUAUGAGCUGCUGCAGCACAUCCUGAAGCAGAGGAAGCCCCAUGUGUUUUACCCUUCUGCCUACUUCCCUGGGAACUCCUUCCACUCACUCACUGAAAGUGCUGUGCAGCACCUAAAGCUUGAAGAAACGGUACGACGGGGACCACAUGGUACAGAGCCACUCCCCCAGCAUCCACCAACCAUCGAGCUGCGGCACCGCUCCCGUUCACCUCAUCACCCAACCCCAAGACGAUCCCUUGCGGAGGCCAACCACCCUCGCCCCACCAAUGAAGACCCCCUCCAAACCUCCUCCCAGCUGCCUGACAGCAAUCACCAUCUUCCUGAGGAAAUGUACCCUCUGUCAUUGUCCCCAGCUGCAACGAAUGGGCAUUGUGCAACACCCCGAGAAGCCCCCUGCCCAGGCAGCCCUGUAGGCCAGGAGGUAGGCCCUCCUCGCAUCAUACAGCUCAUGCCUAGCACGAUCAUGAAUCCGCUGCUCCUCAGCCCAAGCAGGAACAGUGGGGGUACCAGCAUGGACUUCAGGCAAAGUCGUAGCGGACCCCCAUCUCAGGCCAUGCUCGAAAAUGGACGUGAAGGGAAAGUCCACAGUUACCAUCAUCAGAUACCACUGGCACAGCAACAACAGCAGCCGCAGCAUCUACUGCAGCAGCAGCAGGAGGAGGUGCUCUACAGGAACCAUGUCAUCAUGCCCGUGUCUCCUCCUCCAGAGGAGCAGCAAAUGCCUAUCGGACGGAUAGCAGACUGCAGACUGCUAUGGGACUACGUCUACCAGCUUCUGUCAGACAGCAGGUACGAAAACUACAUUCGUUGGGAGGAUCCAGAGAACAAAGUCUUCCGCAUCAUGGACCCCAAUGGCCUGGCCAGGCUCUGGGGUAAUCAUAAGAACAGGACCAAUAUGACGUACGAGAAGAUGUCACGAGCACUGAGACACUACUACAAACUGAAUAUUAUCAGGAAAGAGCCUGGACAAAGACUUCUGUUCAGGUUCAUGAAAACCCCUGAUGAGAUAAUGAACGGACAGACAGACCGGCUAGAGCAUCUGGAGUCCGACACAGAUGAACAAAUCUACAUCAAAGAGGAAUGCUGAGGAACUCUAAGAAAAAAAUAUCCAUGAACUACCUACUAUUACUACUACAGCCGCUGAUGCCUUUCAGAAGCAGCCUGAACAAUCGACGUUGAAUUUGGAGUGCAUGGUUUUUCGCUCAUACAGUAUCAGUCCUACAGGGGGAGAUGAAAUCUGAUCUCUCUAAUUAUUGCCUUAGGAUGACUGUUUCCUGAAAUAAAAAGAUGGACAAAGCUGAAAGGACAUUCUAAAUGUUCACUUUUCUGAAUGAACUGCAAAAGCCAAUCACUUUGUGGUUAUAUCACUUUAUGAUUUUUUUUUUUAUUUUGUUUAUUUUAUUUUAUUGUUUUUUUUUUUUG